UCAAGUUUCCGUGAGGUGGAUAACUUUUCGCCGCAUAUUUACUUACGAUACCAGUGAGCUGUUGAUAACGAAACACGAUGACGUGUGCUUUGCCGUAAGUGAAAGUAACUAACAAGUGGUAGGAGCAAUACGCGUAGGCCUUCAAUAUCUGUUGUGUAUUGUGGCAACUGCAGUCUGUCGCGAGCCGUGGUUUUGUACGCUUGGAUCCAUUAUAACGUUCUGCUUCGUUUACGAUGUGUGGAAUUUUUGCAUACAUUAAUCAUCUAACGCCUAAAACAAGGCGAGAAAUAUUAGAAUUGUUAGUAACCGGAUUAAAACGCUUGGAAUAUCGUGGCUAUGAUUCAGCAGGCGUCGCUGUUGAUGCCGCAGAUCAGAAAGACAUCGCUGUUCUCAAGCGAAGAGGCAAAGUAGCCGCACUCGAGGAACUGUUGCAGGAGCGCAGUGUAGAACUGUCAGUGGAAGAUUGUGUAGAGUCGCAUUGUGGCAUCGCUCACACGAGAUGGGCCACUCACGGCGAGCCCAGCGCUGUCAACUCUCAUCCGCAGCGGUCUGGCGAGGACAAUGCUUUCGUUGUCAUCCACAAUGGAAUCAUCACCAACUACAAAGAAGUUAAAACUUUCCUUGAGAACAAGGGCUACAUUUUUGAAUCUCAGACUGACACUGAAGCCAUUGCUAAGCUGAUUCAUCAUCUUUACAACCAGCACAAGGAUUUCAGCUUCCAAGAACUGGCUGAACAGGUAAUUCAACAGUUAGAAGGUGCCUUUGCUUUGUGCUUUAAGUCCCGAUACUUCCCAAAUGAGUGUGUGGCAACCCGCCGUGGUAGCCCACUGCUUGUGGGCAUCAAAACCCGACGUCGCCUCUCCAGUGACCAUGUGCCCAUCAUGUACACCAACAACAAAGCUACCCGCGGUGUUGUGCCAUCUGUGCCCAGAGUGAACAGCCAUGCUCAUUUCCAGCCAGAAGAAGAAAGAGAAGUAGAAUAUUUCUUUGCCUCUGAUGCCUCUGCAGUAAUUGAGCAUACAAACAGAGUUCUGUACUUCGAAGAUGAUGAUGUUGCUCACAUCAAAGAUGGUGUUCUUAGCAUUCACCGCUUGUCUGGCAGUAGCAGUGAUCCUCAUCAGCGAGAAAUCUUUACCCUGAAAUUGGAACUGCAGCAAAUUAUGAAGGGAAAUUAUGACUACUUUAUGCAAAAGGAAAUCUUUGAACAGCCAGAAUCCAUUGUGAACACUAUGAGAGGACGUCUCAACUUUGCUGAUAGCACUGUUACUUUAGGAGGUAUUAAAGAUUAUAUCCCUGAAAUUAAAAGGUGCAGGAGGUUGAUGUUGAUUGGGUGCGGUACGAGCUACCACAGUGCUGUAGCUACUCGUCAACUUCUGGAAGAAUUAACCGAAUUGCCUGUUAUGGUAGAGCUGGCUUCUGAUUUCCUGGACAGGAACACACCUGUAUUCCGUGACGAUGUUUGCUUCUUUAUCUCUCAGUCUGGAGAAACUGCUGACACUUUAAUGGCUCUACGCUACUGCAAGCGUCAUGGUGCUCUUAUCGUCGGAAUCACCAACACAGUAGGAAGUUCCAUUUGUCGCGAGUCUCAUUGUGGUGUGCACAUCAACGCCGGCCCGGAAAUUGGUGUCGCAUCUACAAAAGCUUACACAUCUCAGUUUGUGUCUUUAGUAAUGUUUGCCCUGGUAAUAAGCGAGGAUCGUAUAUCUCUUCAAAAAAGACGCGCAGACAUAAUUGAAGGUCUACAUGAAUUGGACACAAAGAUUCGUCAAGUUCUAGCUUUAGACAAUGAAGUGAAAAAAUUGGCUGAAGACCUGUACCGUCAACGAUCUCUACUUAUCAUGGGUCGCGGAUACAACUUUGCCACUUGCCUUGAAGGCGCCUUAAAAGUAAAAGAAUUGACGUACAUGCAUAGUGAGGGCAUUAUGGCCGGUGAACUGAAACAUGGUCCUCUGGCGCUAAUUGACGACUCGAUGCCGGUCGUAAUGAUCGUAAUGCGCGACCCUGUUUACACAAAAUGUAUGAAUGCGCUACAGCAGGUUACUGCCCGUCAAGGUCGCCCUAUCCUCAUUUGUGAGGAAGGCGACAAAGAAACAAUGGCGUUCGCUUCACGGUGCCUCCAAAUACCUAAAACUGUGGAUUGUCUUCAGGGAGUCCUCACGGUUAUCCCGAUGCAGCUCCUCGCGUACCACAUCGCCGUAUUGCGCGACUGUAACGUCGACUGCCCACGUAAUCUCGCUAAAUCGGUUACCGUGGAAUAGGUAACUUUACACUAUUAUAAGCACGUACACAUAGUUGAUACUACUGUAACAUAAAACAUCGACAAUUAACUAGGCGUUAAUUGAAAGCAAAGUAUUCUCUAACUAGAGGACCAAAAACAGUCGUGGAUAUUAUUGUUGUUGUGAAAUUAAUUCGAAAAUACUUUAGUCAUGCUUAAAGUAAGUGGUUUGAAUUUAAGUAUCCCGACCGGUAUACUCGCUAUACCAUAGUAGGGUCGCAUAUAUUAGGGAACUGGUUUUGUUCUCGCGUGUGAGAGUGAAUAUUUGAUAUUAUGCUUUAUUUCCUAUUAAUUUCUGCACAUUCCGAAACUUUUUUCUAUUUUAUAACUAAAGUUCCAUUGACAUUCCAUUACUUUGUCAAUAGGUAAAUGUAGGCUCAGCAUUUGUAUAGUUUUUAUGACUUAACUCGUCAUAGGUUGUCGUAUCAAGGCCAUGCCUUUCGCUUGCAUACCUGCCACAGACAGGCUGUCAUUAACUUGUUUAUUAUUAUUAAUUAAGCAUUAAUUUGCCCAAAUUCAACGAUUUUCUGUAAGUUCUGUUUUGUGUGUGUCUUUUAUUAUUUUUGAAUGUUUAUCGCAUCACUUGCCAGCUGACAAGUGCGUACUGCCACGUCGAUUAUGCUUGUUAUUUUAAUAAGUUGAUUGUAAAACCUUAUAUUCAUUAAUAUCUCCUUGUAUUAAUUUAGCAUUCAGUUUUAACGCCGUAAUCAUUAUUACAAUUCGGUUAUUCCUUCUAUUAUUCUUAAUAUUAAUUAAGUCUCCAUAACUAUCAAUUAUUUUACCGAAUGAUAACUGAUUUUUUUUUUCACUUAUUCAUUUGAGUUCCUGAUUCCUUUGUUUUUUUAAAUUGUUAUAAUGCUCUACGAUAACGUGUUUGUUAUCUUCACUUAGGUGCCUACUUCAACAAAAUAAUAUGUUUUCCAUGUUCUAAAAUAUAUUUUACAGAUGUUACGACUUGAUAAGUGUUAAAUUAAUUAUCAAUAUCAGAUUGUCGAAAGUCUAAAUGUUUUAUGACAAUCAGAUUGUUAAUUUUCUUUGAAUUUUAUAAUUAUAUUUUAAUGCAGUGAUAAUCAACCUGCUGCCCCUGCGCCAACAUUUAACUUAUCUGUGCAAUACUUAAGACUACCUACAAAAUAGAAACGAAUAUGAUUCGUCCCAGCCUGCACCUUCCACAUAGGCGGCGAGGACGUUAAGGGUUGAUUAUCAUUUCAAAAAAUGCAUCACACUCGAUUGAGAUUCUUAGUAUGUACUUAUGUAGGAUUUGUAUAUAAGUAGUUGAUAUGAAAUAGAUGUAGUAUAUCCUAUACAUUAUAUUUUAUGCCUAAUUGGUAUAUUACAUGAAUCUAUCUGAUUAGAAUAAGAAUGUAAAUCAUUUUAAUGUAUUAUACAAACUUUAACUUAGUUGCGACAAAAGUAUUUUUAAGGAUUUUCACACAGCAAGUACCUAGCGUGGCUUAUACCUAGCGCCAGAAUUCAGUAACAGUUUUAAGUGCCCGUAAAGUAAAACUAAUGGCAUACUUUAAAUCUGGUCGCUGAUAAGGUUUAAAACCAAGGAAACGUGAGAUAGGUGCGCACUUAAUGAAUUUGAUAAAGACUAGAGCGAUUAGGUACUUUGCAAUUAAAUUUUCAUUUCAUCGAUGUAAAUAUACCGGAGUGGAUACACACUUCUUUCCUCUUGGUUUGUUCAUAGUCAUAACACAAACUUAAUUUUGAUUGAAACGAACCUGAUUCUAUAUUACACGUAAAAUAUUGUAUUGUUUUAUAAAAUAAAUAUAUACAUACCUAUAUGUAUAUUUUACAUAUUAACUCGGAAUGUAGGUACUAUAGUGCUCUCACUUAUAAAGUAACUACUGAUAACUGAUUUAAAAAUUAUACACACAAAAUGUAAAUACCACUAAUUAACUGUUGUUAUUUUUUAUUCUAAAUUAAUCGCUAGUCAAAAAUCUUAGCUUAGAUAUUUUGAUAUUAAAUAUCUGAUAAAGUAUAUGAUAUCUGUAUAUUUAUUUUACCAAUUACAAAAUGACCUUUUUCAAACCCUGCAUAGACUUAAACAUUAACGGUAAUCAUCCCGAAAAAAUGGAAUGUAUUGAUUCCAGCACACUAGUACCUACUUCCAUUAGAACGCUAUCAGCUAUGGCCUCGGAAACAGGAUCAUUUAGAGAGCAUUCUAUUCGCAAUCAAAGCAGCUAAUUAAUUUACAAUCGUAAUGUGUAGAAAUCAAUCCAGUUUUAUUUUAUAACAUGGUAACUUACAACAACUUUUUGGAAGUGCUGAUUUUAGAUUUAGAACACCUUUUUGAAUUGUUUCACCACCUGCUUAUACGCAAUAUGCUUACACACUGUAACUGGCAGAUAAUUACUACCUAAAAGUUAUAAAACAGACCUCUCGUAAUAUUUGCAAUUUGCGACAUAGCUAAGAGCAGAGUCUAGAUUUAUGACCGAUUGAGACUGUAAACGCGAAUAUUAAGAAUGUGGUAUUUUCAGUUGCCUAAUUAAAUGUAGUUGACAACCUAAAGGCGAUGUUGUAAUAUAUUAAUAGUGUAUGAAUGACAUUGUUUUAUCUUAGUACGCUAGGCACAAGUAAUAAAUAACGGUUGUAGGUAUAACUAGAAAUACAUACACUAGAUGCUCGGCAUUUGUACGUGUCAUGUCUGGAGUGUAGUCUCGAGUGUCAGCAGAGGUUUUAGGGAUCUAUAUAAUCGAGGCUAGAUAAUGCGGUACGUUUUAAGAGGAUUUUGUGAUAAUAAAUAUCAUCCAUUCAUUACUUCUGUCUGAUGCACACAUGCUAUGCUGUCUUCACUUUAGCGUGAAAUAUUAAGGGUCAAAAACAGAGUUGUUAUAUUUUUUAUUAUUUACCUAUUUGAUUAUUUUGAAAAUAUAUGUUUAUUAUGUUCCAAAUUUUA